CCGCUUGGAUAUUCCUCUCAAAACACACACGGCUUGAUGUUGUCGGGAGCUCGUGUCGCGUGCUGCUGGUGACGCUGUCUGUGGAAUUCCUCAUGGUGGAAAAAGAUACAUAAAACGGAAGAUCUGCUAGAAGAAUUGCCUCCAGUACUUCAGAUAAGUUAGACCAAAAUGGGCGUGGUUCCAGUAUCAGAUAUUGACUAUGGGCAGAUAUUCGGGCCAUUUCCUUCCCAUCUUGCAAUGGCGGAUCCUGCAUAUCUCAUUGCGAUGCUAACAAAUGACAAGAGACAAGACGGAGUUAUCAUUAAGUUGGAUCUCUCUGAGCGGAAGGAAGGAAUCAAGGCCGUUGACUGGCUGCCCUACAUUCACCCAGCCCGAAACGAGGAGGAACAGAAUGUAGAGGCCUAUAUGAAGGAGGGCCAGGUGUACUACAGAACCCUCCGGAUCGUGAAGGCAGGGGAGGAGCUGUUGGUCUGGUACAGCAAGGACUUCUGUCAACUCCUCAAUAUCCCCGAUGUCAAAAUGCACAUACCCAAAGACGAAGGGUUCAUAUGCCCACAGUGUGGUGAAGUUUUCGAGUACGUGUUUCCAAUGAGGGCUCAUCUCAAGUUCCGGUGUACUAUGAGGGCGGCGGACAUGCGCAGUUUAAUUCAUGAUGCUUCCGCAAAACGACACCUAGUAAUUUCAGAACUGAGAUCCAAAGAGCGUGUUGCCUCGGACAAUUAUAAAUGUGAAACAGAUUUAUUGAGAGACAGCAUUCCAAACAGGUCCGGAGACAGUCCUGAUUCAAUUCCACUUGAACUUUCACCAAGGAGAAAAGACAUUUCAGAAUCUAAUAGUUCACGGAAACGACAUUUAUCUAGAGACAUUUCUCCACCUGAGAAGAAAAGUUGUACUGAAAGUAAAAGUUCUGUGUCUUCGAUGAACAAGGAUAUUGACGUUGAGCGAUUAUCUCCCCCUAGCACGAAACUCAAUGACUUUGAUCAUCACUCUGACGGAGCAAGUGCAUUUAGGAAAGUGGAAAAAUCUAUGUCACCAGUUCAAGAACAAUUGUCACCAAUUCACCCAGUCUCAUCAAGUUCCGUGUCUCUGUCAAAUAGAAUGUCUGUUCAUAAUGCUGUUCGAAACCCUAGUAUGUCUAUACCGUCAUCAACUGCGUCACAUCCGGCUGUGCGGGAUGCUGUGCAGCAGAAUCAGCUGCUUGGACUAUAUAUGCCCCGUCUUCCAUUGAUGCCGCAGCUCCCCCUAUCGACCAAUCUGGCUGCUUCAACGACCAUGUACGCCGAACGGGCACCUGUUCGUUUUGCUGAAAUGUGUCGGACACAGGUGCCGGGGCCUCUGACAGAGAGCUUUGCCAACGUACGAAACAGUGACAGUAACAGCGAACUAUUUGUCAAACAACAACAGCUGCUGUUUGCGGAGAGGGCAAGCAUGAGUUACCCCGCGUAUUUGAAAAGCCAGAACCCGAUGGUGGAAAAAAUGAUUCAUAGUGGGACGAAUCCCACUCAGAUCAAUUCCCCCGUAGCCGCAAUGGACCUGUCACAGAACUGGUGCGCCAAGUGCAACGCCACCUUCCGGAUGACUAGUGAUCUCGUCUAUCACAUGAGAUCUCAUCACAAACGAGAGUUCGACCCGGUGAAGAAGAAGCGUGAUGACAAGCUGCGGUGUAACAUUUGUAGCGAGACUUUCCGAGAGCGGCACCAUUUGACGAGGCAUAUGACGUCACACGUAUAGAACUCGCAUAGACGCUGUUAUAGAGAUUAUGCUUAUAUACUAAAGCUGCUAAGAUAUAAACAAUGAGUGGAUUUGUAUCUGCAUCUUGCGUUAGUCUAUCACGUCUAGGCUUGUGUACCAUGUCUAGUCCUCAUAUUUCAAGUGGUUAUCGUAGAAUUGUUAUUCUCGUUCUAUAGUAAUCUGUUAAACCAACGUUAUUACGUACUUCACGGUGCAUUAUUUCGGAAUAAAACUGAUGAAAUGUUGGAUAGAACAUAUAAAAACAAAAGUCUUUUUUGCUUAAAGAAAAUAUAAACACAUAAGCUUUAAUAAUGGACAACGUAUGACAAAGUCAAAAGGCCAAACAAUAUCAGUCUAUGCGCCAUUCAAACAAUUCAUGAAACGAAGCUAUACAGUAUUAUUGACAUUGAGGCACCGGUGAUUAAUUGGAUGGUUUCAGCCCAAGAAAGGGACCAGUAUUUCAUUACAAGAUUAGGGGUGGGGACUCCGAGGUUUCUGGUACACUUAUGAACUGAAAAUAAUGACUCUUCCCCAAUGGUUAUCAUAUGUUGGAAUGGCUAUUUAUGCCCAUGUUCAUUAUUGUUCACCUUCUCCGAGAAGACAAAGCCCAAAGAGCUAUAUAUUCUUUACCCAAACUUUGUUAUGACCCUCUGCAAACAUGUGUAUCAUUUUUUUAGGACCCACCCUCAUUUUUUUCGUUGCCUUUAUCCCUGGUCCCCUCUGGCUCACCCACCUCUAUAAGCAAUAACCGGUUCUUGACACCUGCCAGCAGAAAACAUAGGUUAUGAACGGUGCGUCGAAAUAAACAUCGUACCACAAUAUUUAUUGGUGAUACGCUUAAAUUAACAUCCACGUAUCCCUUUUAUGUCGAGCGAUUAAUAAUUCGUGACGUGCAAGUUUAUUCUCUACGAACAGAUGUUCGGAAUUCAUCAUUCCGAAAAUACAGACGCCAUAUAUUUUGUUAAGAAAUUGACAGAUUUCGUUAUUACAUUAAAUGUAGAAAUUAAAUAUAUUUAUGUUGAUGUCCAGCUGUUUUGCAUUAUUAUGAUACUCUGCACUUUGAAAUAAUUAGCUUCGUCAUGAGCCGUGGUAUGAGUUUGGAAAUCGCUCUAGAAAGUUGAGUUGAUUAGUUCCCGUCAGUUUGAAUGUCCCUGUAGGAGACUGGUGGAAUCUGUCCAGUGUAAUGUAUUGUAUAACACUGUCCUUGCUAACGUACGAUGUGAAGUUGCACUAAUAUAACAGCUAUUAUAGACAUGUUACGUGGUUACAAUAAAAUUGU